GGGGGAGGCUAUUUUGGGCCUGUGAAUGGGGCCUCGCUGAAGGCUUGGCUCACCAUGCCCUCAUCUAGAGGACAGCACCAUGUCGUGCCGGGGGGACUUUGCUGCACUGCUCUCUGCAUGGCCCAGUCCUCAGCAACAAUCGCUUCCAAGGUAGGACGGUCUGCAGGCUCUGCAUCCCGGCUGCUGCUUCCUCACGCCCGCCCGGCCAGAUUUCCCAGAGGCUUGGUGUGAAAGGCUUGACAAAGGAUCAGGGCAGGACUGGGGAGGCGACUUGUGGUUUUGCAAAGCCUCUGCUGUUCGAGCUGUGUUUGGAGUCACGUUUUUGGCACCUUGUCGUGCCAAGCAGGAAGAUGCAGGCAGCUCCAGGGGCCAGAUCUCCCAUGGUGUAAAUGGAGGUUGAGGGGAAGUGCUGAGGAGUUCUAGUUGGCUUACAAUGUGCAGGGGGGGAGAGUAUCAGGUACCAUCAGCACCAGGUUCAGUAGCAGAGGCUGAUCCUGGACGGACAGUAGAUCAGGUGUAAUCAAUGUGCUGCCCAGUGGAAGGAACCGAGAGACCCAAGCUAGAUGCAAAGCAGAUUAAUUUCUGCAUGCCCCCAGCGUCUAGCCAGGCAUCUCUCCUCUCCGCAAGGUGCCCCCCCAGCCUAACUCAGGUGCAGCAGGAGAAAUCCUCAGCUGCCACAAUGCCAUUUAAGAGACUAACCAAGAAAGUGCUUCUUCAAGUCUGUUUGGCAGUAGCUCAUUGCGGCACGUGCCACUGCUAAAGCCACUUGUCCCCCAUUGGGAUGUGCAGGUAGAAGGCACCUGUCUAGUGCAUAUAGGAGACAGGUGUAGGGGCAUCCCAAGUGGCCCUGCCCUGCUUUUGGAUGGACUGAGGUGUCUGUAUAAGACACGCCUGUCCUGCUGACUAUGCCCAGAGAUGUCCUCCCCUGCACUGACUUCAACUGGAAGUGAAUGCGGAUGACAGCAGUGCAGGGACCCAAGCAGACGGGAUUCACUGAACACACCAAGAGCUCGGAGAUGGGCUGAGCAGCACCUCGGCCUCUCCCUUCCCGGCCAGUGCCCCCGGUCUCACUACUGCCCUGUUGCUCUGUCACGGCAGAGAUGGAGAAUUUCGAGUACAGCAUCCAGCUGAACGACAGGGACUGGGCAGAAUUCUACUUGGCCUCCGAAGAAUGCAGCUUAAUCCAGGCUGCCCUGGCCAUGGCGGACGACCCAGGGCUCAGUGACAUUGAGCAAGGGGACACUGUGCCCAGCACGGACUGCGGAGCUGGCACAAGCAAGCAAGUCACUAUAAGGGUGUGCUGUACGCCUCUGCCGGGCAGAGGAAGCCACCCCCCAAGCGGGGACACCAGAGAGGCCCUCCCCUCCCAGCCUGUCCAUGGGCAUUUGGCCCCGGAGGAGGUUUUGUCAGGCAGUGAGGACGAGACGGAUCUGGGCUCGGUCAGCAGGUUUCUGUGGGAAAGCAACCAGCCCGGGUGCCCCCGGCACGCUGUGUCCAUGCCGAGGGCCCAGGAAAGCCAGCUCCUCUCUCCUACCGGAGCUGAAGCUCCUGGCGCAGCUAACCAUGUUGCCGCACAGCUGCUCCAGCCCCAAGGCAUCCCGCAUGAGGCUUCGAGCCAGGCAGCAGAAGGCGAAGGGGCAGCAGCUCUGCCAGCAGCAAGGGAAGGAGCUGAAAGGAGGGGUCAGGCUGCAGAGGCACCGAGGGACCUGCCUCGGGGGGCCACCCACGACCCAGAGGGAGAACAGCCCCACAUCCAUGCUGGGGUGGCAAAGCCCCAGCAGCCUGUUCACAUGGCAGACCUGAGCCCCCUGGCAUGGAUCACGGACACACCAGGCGGAGAAACCACUAGCAGGCCCCUCUGCUCAGAGUCCACACGAUGGGACCCGCACAGCGACAUGCCCCAGAGCCCAGCUGCAGAGACCCCAGUGCCAACGUGCUCCAGAGCAUCCGAGGAGUGUCUGGAUCAUGGGGGAGCCUGGCCUGAUGCACCGUCCUCCAGCAACUCCCAGGAGGUCGUACACAGGCAGGGAAAGAGCCACGAGCACCUUGCAGCAUCUGCAGCCGAGGCGACACCAUUGCUCCAGGAGCCUUCUGGCACCGAGGCACAGGGCAGCCUGGGUCCCACCAAGGAUGGUUUAACCCCCUCGGUCCCACUUCCAGAGACAAAGGAGAAGGAGGUGGUGAACACACCAGGUCCUGGGAGCCAGGAGGAAGCAGGGACAGGCAGGAUCCUGCUCCAUGGUGUCGCGACGGCAGAAAUGCAGGGUUCGGGGCAGGGGGUGCAGCGGGCAGCACAGUCUGCAGCGCAGCCUGCAGCAGGACUGAAGUCAGUGAGGCCCAGGAGGCCAGCACAAGCUGCAGGGCUGGAAGCUGGUGAAAGUGAGCCCUCGGGUGCCGUCAUGGAGAGAGAGGAGCAUGUGCCUUGUCCAGCAGCCGAGGACUCUGGGGAGAGCAAUGCGCCUGCCCUGACCUGGCCGGAGAUUUAUGACUACUUCUUCUGCGACAUGGAGGGCCAGGAGAGAGGGGAUUACCACUGGGGUGAGGAAGGGGAGGGGAUGCCCACGGCCUCCUCGGAGCAGGAGCAGCCAGUGCCCGAGAUGUACGGGCCAGAGAUGUAUGAGUACUUCUUCGCCGACCCUGACAGGAGCGGGAGCAGCGGGUGGGAAAGCAAAGAUGAAGCCUCGGAGUCAGCGCGGUGCAUCAACUGGGACCAAGCAUCACCCCAUGAUGAUGAGGGGGACCCAGAGGAAGCCUCAGGGGAGGCCCCAGUCUUCUCUGUCCCUGAGGCUUAUGAACAUUUCUUUGCCAAUGAAGCUGGGGAAAGGAAGAGCUGGAAGGGGAUGUCCCUGCGUGCGUCAGACUCCAAGGCCAGAAAAGCCAUCAGGGCUUUGAAAUCCCUCCUGGGGAAGCCGGUGCACCUGGUCAGAGGCUGGCCCCCUGACCCCGGGGCUCCAGCAGAGAGAAGCUCCCAGGAAAAUUUGCCCCUGCUCCCACUGCAGCUGCUGGGGAGAGGCCAGGCUAUGCCAGAGGAGCUGGAGAAGACCCUUGAUCUUGCAGCAAGGCCCCAUCCCCAGUUAGCACUAACGCAGAAGGACAUGUGCCUGGUCUUCGUUGCCUUUGCAUCCUGGGCCAUGAAGACCUCCAACCUGCAGGCUCCAGAUGCCUGGAAGACUGCGUUCCUGGCCAGCUUCGGUACCCUCUCCGCCAUCCGCUAUUUCAGACGGCAGGCUGUGGAAAAGGAGCCGAGAACCUAAAUGCAUGCACAGCCAGAGAUACCCCUCCAUGGGCAGGUAAGGAAGAUCCCAAGAGAAGUUUCUCCCUGUACCCCGUUCUUAGCAAGAAGACUGCUAGCAGCCUGGAUCCCAGUACCACAUCUCCACUGGAUGCACUGGCAAGCUGGAAUAGACUGUUCUGGGAAGCAGGAUCCUUCCAGUGAAACCUGCCAUUUCAUCUGCUGAUGUUACAGGCAUUAUGUAGCUGCACUGAGAAGAAUCAGGCUCAGCGAAUGCUUUCUCUCUAAGGACAUCUCUUGCAUAGCCAUACUAUCUUCUGUGAUUCUUUAAGUAGCUGCACACACACACCAGCCAUGCUCAAAGAGGAUCUGUGUCCUCCCUGGAUUGAAAGUGGGGGUUGGCAGCACUGAAGAUAGCAAAAGAAAUAGGGGUUUCUGUUGUGGGGAAAAUCUGUGUGAGACAGGGGAGAGGUGCUGGGAAGGACAGAGGGUCCAUCUAAACAGGUCCUUGGUAGCCGAUUUCACAUUGGUUAUUAAACCCUGGCCAGGCUCAGGCUGAGAAAUCAGGACUGCAUCCAAGUGAGCCUAGCAGGGCAGCUGCUCAGCAGAGCUGAGCCUUCCCGGGAAUGGCCGGGAUCAUGGCAGGGAGCUUAGCCUCUUGGAUUUCACUGCUAAAAGUCACUGGGUUUAUUCCAAGGGUGCCUUUCAGGGAAGCAGAGAAGGGUCUCUAGAGCCUCAUGCUUACUGACUUCACUGCCUCAGGUCUCCCAGUCCCUGACGCAUCGGGGCUGUGAAGUGCCAUGGGUGCAGAAGGACUUGGCACCAUUCAGACAGCUAAAGUGCAGGGCCAUAGGUGAUCUGAAGGGGAAGGUAGUAUUUAGCUCUUUUAUGCUGCAUGGAUUGGGGCUGCAGAAACAGCACAUCAAGGGGCUGGAGCGAGGAGUGGUCUCCAAUUAGGAGAGGUUUGAGGCUGUGCUGGAGGAACACCAGAGACCCAGAAGGAAGGGAAGAUACUGAACAGCUGUGGGCAUAAAUGAAUCAGAACUUAUGGUAAAGGUGAUAUCUUUUAUUAGACCAACUAGAUUUUUGCAAAAAAACAUUGCUUUAAUUUAAUUCUGUAGGCAUAAAUAGCAUUCAGGCAUAGGCUCUCAGGUAGGUAACACAGCCCUCAGGGCUGACCAGGGCAAAGACAAAGGGUUGGAGAGCCCUUCUGCUGUGUCCACCGCAGCAGGACGUACUGCAGAAAGUGAGCAGGAUGGAAAUUGAGAAAGGAGAUGUCCAUUGUCCAAGUGUGUGGGAGAGGGGCUGUCUGGAAGGCAAUGAGACCUGGGAGGAAUAAGGAACAGGAAGAAAAUAUCACCCACUUCUUUCCUCUCCAUUUCCCCAGCUACUCCCUUGCUCGCUGACUGAGAGGCUCAGGCCUUUUUUCCCUGUUGGGGUGGAAAGGGUCUUCAAAACAUAGGCUGCGGGCAGCACAAGGGACAACCAAAGGUUCAGAGGAGGAUGGAAGUAGUCAAGACAGGGCAAAGAAGAGGGAAGGAUCUGAGUGCCUUGGGUUAGUCACAUUAAUCCACCCAGUCCCACUGGGAGGUCACUGGUUGUGGCUGCCCCCUCCUAAUGGACCAUCAAGCACUCAGGAACGGAGGCUCUCUGCCCAAGGAGAGGAAGCGUACGUGAGCCCGCUUCUCCUUACCACGUCUGAGUAAAGGCACUGUUGCAAAUCCCGUGCUUCUAAGCUGAUGCCAAGCUUCAGACUUUGUUCCUGCUUUGAACUUUGAAUAGGGGGUCACGAGGCAUUUCUUUUCUUUCCCCACCACAGUCGAGGGACUGAGCUCAAGACUUCCAGAGCUAAGAGACCCAGCCUCCACAGCCUCCCUUGGUCCAUCAGGUGCAGCAGCUGUUCAAAGCCAGGCUGAAUAGUUCAUUAAUUAUAUUGUAAAGCCCACUCCUGUCCUCAGGGGAGACGUGGGCAGACAGGCAACAGGAACUGUCCUGGAUUUUUUUCAGGUGCUUCCUAAAUUAGGCGUUUGUUGCUGCUCUGCCCAACCAUCAUCCCUUAUCUAUUCCUGUUGUGGAUUAAACGUUAAAUGAGCAGUGCAUUGUGAGCUCCCUCUGCAGCCGUGCUAACUGCUCAGUCCCAAUAUCGAUCAUAACCUAGGUCAGGGGUUGCCAAUCUGCAUCACGAGCAGACUCCACGUGUGGCACACAGCAGAGCAGGGAGGGGACAGGCAACACAGCAGCAGAUAGGGAAGGAGGCAGAAAGCAGAGCAGGAGAUCAGGCAUGGGGCUUCAUGUAGGAAGCAGAUAGGACAUUGGGCAGGGAGCACAGAGCAGGAGUUAAAAAGCAGAGCAACAUGUCAGGCAGGGGAAGGGAAUUGAAGUGGCACUUGGGGAAGGUAUGGAGCUAAUAUGUGACAUGUCUACCACUCUGGGUCACCAUCCUUGACCUACGUGACUGAAUUCAUUUUACUCACCUCUAAUUUAUGUUUCCUGCUAUAAAAGCACAUGCCAGUUGGUCACUCCUCUAGAUCAUCUCUCACAAUCCAAGCCCAGACUCCCAAAAAUAGCAGGUGGUGUCAGACUCAAGGACAUUCAGUGUGAUCUUAAACUCACUAGGAAGCAGGCUGGGUGCAGCCAUCACACUCAGGCCCUUCAAAUGUGCAGUGUCCAGCCUGCCCCCAUCUCACCUCUGGGGAAUAUAACUGAUGUAUUAAUGCUGAUGAGCCAUUUCUUUGGAGACGGUUCCUUUACCUGUCUUAUCCUGUCUGGAUAUUUCUUCGUAAUACGUGGCAAAAUGGAGGUUUAAUGUGGGGCGAGUGUGUGUGUCUGUGUGUGUGUCUGUACUGGAUAUCCUAAAAGCAAUAGGAUAUUUAGGUACAACAAGAAGCCUAUCAGUAAAUAAAGAGAACACCAUGGGUACGUGCUGUAUAUAGAGUAUGUUAAUUGUAUAUAUCAAAUAAAUAAAAGGAGCUUAAUGGCCAAGGAGAAUGGAGUAAAGGUGUUGGCAGCUUCCCACAAGGUUUCU